AUGAAUGAAGUUUACAUAAUAUCUGCAUGUAGGACUCCUAUAGGUAAUUUCCAAGGACAGUUUGAAAAAAUUUCAGCUGUAGAACUAGGCACUAUUGCUAUUGCAGAAGCUAUUAAAAGAGCAGAACUACAACCUGAAGAUGUAGAACAUGUCAUUAUGGGCCAGGUUUUGACAGCAGGACUGGGUCAGAAUCCUGCAAGACAAGCUGCAAUUGGUGCCAAAAUUCCAAACUCAUCGCCUGCUUAUACUGUGAACAUGCUUUGUGGAUCUGGCCUGAAAUCUGUAGCUCUUGGUUUCCAAGCAAUUCGAAAUGGAGAUUACAAUAUUGUUGUAUCAGGUGGACAAGAGAACAUGACUAGAGCUCAACAUGCUGGUUACAUCAGGGGUUCCAAAAUGGGACAAGUAAAUCUGGCAGAUACACUUUUGUCAGAUGGCUUAACUGAUGCUUUCAACAAUGUCCAUAUGGGAAAUACAGCUGAGAACUUGGCUAAGAUAUACCAAGUGUCACGUCAAGAGCAAGAUGAGUUUGCCUGUAGAUCCCAGAAUAAAGCUGAAGAAGCCAUAAACAGUGGUUUUUUCGUACAGGAAAUAGUUGGUGUCCCAGAAAAAAGGACAGGAAAAUUAAUUGAUAAGGAUGAAUUUCCAAGACCUGGCACAACUGUAGAAAAAUUGGGCAAACUGAAGCCUUGCUUCAAAUCCGAUGGAUCUGUCACACCAGGAAAUGCUUCAGGUAUCAAUGAUGGUGGUGCUGCUGUACUGUUGGUCAGUGGUUCAUAUCUAAAAGAAAGGAAAAUGAAGCCUUUGGCUAGAGUUUUGGGAUUUGCUGAAGUAGGAGUCGAUCCUAUGUGUAUGGGAACUGGACCAAUUGGUGCUGUGACCAAUGUGUUGAAGAAGGUCGGCUGGACCAAAGAGGACGUCGACCUGUACGAGCUGAACGAGGCUUUCGCCGUCCAAGGCAUCGUGGUCAACAAGACCCUCGGCAUCGACGAGGCCAAGAUAAACGUGACCGGCGGAGCGAUAGCCCUGGGGCACCCGAUCGGUUGCUCGGGCGCCCGGGUGCUGGUCACCCUCGUCCACAAUCUGAGGCGGCUGGGGAAGAAAAGGGGCGUGGCAGCGUUGUGUAUCGGGGGCGGUAUGGGGAUCGCUAUGGCUGUGGAGAUUUGCUGA